AUGUCUGAAAAAUCCAACGCAUUACUCAACAGACGAGGCAGUGAAACUACAUUACGGCAGCACAGCGCUGAUGACGCCCUGGAAUUGGCAAAACGCGAAACUGAAUAUCAGACCAAGCUGCGACGUUCCCGUCUCGUCCGCAAAAUGUCCUUCGAGCUUCUAACCAGAAAACCACUAGUCUUCUCGCUCAAGAACAACAUUGGUGCACUUGCUCGAGCUUUAAAGACAUUUAAGGAGAAUGAGAUUCAGGUACUACACAUUGAAUCACGGCGUUCACAGCGCCGUAAGUCGGAACUAGAGGUAUAUGUGGAUUGUGAAGGCGAACGGGGACUAUUCACGGAACUUGUGAAGCAACUUCAGAGACAAAUGAGCUAUGUGCAAGAACCACUAGAUCACAUCAAGCAGGAGGAAAGCAUAGAAUACGCAGGCAAUGUUGAUGACAGCCCCUGGUUCCCCCGAAAAAUAAGCGAUUUGAACCGUUCAGCAUGCCGUGUGUUGACGUACGGUGCGGACCUCGAUGCAGAUCAUCCGGGAUUUAAAGAUAGCCUGUACCGAAAACGACGAAAAGUAUUCGCCGAUAUCGCCUAUCAGUAUCGACAUGGUCAGCCAAUCCCUCGCGUAAAGUACACUGAAGAGGAAACAAAAACAUGGGGACGCGUAUUUUCUGAGUUGACGAGUCUCUAUCCGUUGUACGCAUGCAAGGAAUACUGCGAGAACUUACAGAUUCUACGUGAUAAUUUUGGCUACAGGGAGGACAACAUACCUCAACUUGAAGAUGUUUCUGUCUUCUUAAGAGAACGCACGGGUUUUCAAAUCAGGCCAGUGGCUGGUUAUUUAUCAUCGCGUGACUUUUUGGCUGGACUGGCGUUUCGUGUGUUCCACUGCACGCAAUACAUACGUCAUGCCUCAAAUCCAUUCUACACACCGGAACCCGAUUGUUGCCACGAGUUAUUUGGUCACGUGCCGAUGCUUGCUGACAAAAGCUUUGCACAGUUUUCACAAGAAAUUGGCUUGGCAUCACUUGGGGCUUCCGACGAGGACAUUAACAAAUUGGCAUCGUGCUACUUCUUCACGAUUGAGUUCGGUCUGUGUAAACAGCAAGGAAAACUCAAAGUUUAUGGUGCUGGCUUGCUCUCAUCAAGUGGAGAACUUCAGCAUGCAAUGUCCAGAAAAGCAAAGACCCUUCCUUUCUCUCCUGUAGCGGCGACCAAGCAGGAAUGUCGCAUCACUACAUACCAAGAUGCCUACUUUGUCUCUGAGAGCUUUGAAGAAGCCAAAGAAAUGAUCAGAGACUAUGCUAGCACGAUCCGCCGGCCAUUCUCUCUUCGCUACAAUCCUUACACCCAGUCAGUGGAAAUUCUGCAGUCAGCUGAUCAGGUUAAUAGUGUUAUCGAUGAGCUCAAAGAUGAUCUUAGCCUUCUUAGCAGCAUCUUAGCAAAAGUGAUUGUUUCUGCUGACACGGAAAGGAAAGGCGUGGAGUCGGACUAACUAUCACCUCAUGUGGUUAC